ACUUUGCAGACAUCGUAUAGAAUGAUUUCGAUUUAAUUGAUAACACGUAGGACAAACGUUUAAUGCCUCAGAAACGGUUCUCGUGUCCGCACGUUACCAUACUGCAAAUUAUACAAUCAACGGUGUGUUUACUUUUGCACGUUACCACGUUUUAUCAUACCUACUUGUUGCUUGGAAAUAUUCAAAUGAUGUUGUUUUUCGUCGAAUCAUUUUUUUAUCAUAAAUCAUGACUCGGUGCUAAUUUACAAUUUCGAAAAAAAUACGUUUUCAAAUCGUCGGUAAGUUGUUUGGAUAUCAACUUAUAUUCGGCUUCGGAUUCGCAUUGGUUUUUUUGGCCCAUUGACUUUGUUUUGUAAAUAUCGCCGAUAUCGCUGAUCGCUGUUAUCUACUUUUACAGCUUUUGAGCCUUUUGAUUUUCUUUUGCUGUGUUAAUUUGAGACAAUUAAGAAAUCGCGUGUGAUAAAUUGUGCUGAAAAUUUUCGUCUUUUACCUACCUGCUGCUCAUCUCGAAGAUUUGAAUCAUUGAUUGUAUUCAAGUUUUUCCGAAUUUUUGCAGAGUAAUCGUGAAAUAAAGAUGAUUUUGGAGCAUAUCAGCAGGAAAAAUCAAAGAAUGGAUUGAAAAAAAAUUAAAUUGCAGAACAUACAAAUUCUGAACGUAGUUUUAAAAAAAUUUUUUUUGGAGACAUUUCGGAAAAAAAUCAACCCCAUUUGCUGAUUUUUUCGCUGGCUUUUUAAAGGGGCUACAGUUGUGACCGAAAAGGAGAGGAAGUGAUUCAUUGGAAGUCCAGUUCAAUCUAUAAGCCUCUAAGGAGUUCAACAGAUAAUGAAUGUUUAAUACGUGCAGCAUAUAUAUAUACUCGUAAUGGUGACUUGAAGCUAAAAAUUUAUAUACAUCGGUGAUAACGCGAUACAUUCGAUAAUUUCUUCAAGAUGAUGCCCCCAAACCAAUGGGUUAUGCUGUGGAUAGUUUUUCUCAGUUAUUUAUUACUGGGAGCUUCUCUGUUCUACGUUAUUGAAAGAAAGCACGAAGAAAAUCGCAGAUUAGAAGAUCCUUCUGCGUUGAGCGUCGAAGAAUUAUUAUCGCGAUAUUACUCCUGGUCUAGUCAAAAAGCUCACAAAUUGCUGCUGCUAAAGUUGAGACAAUUCUGUAACCAUUCGGCGUUCUCUCCGGAAGGCCUGAAAAUGGUAGAAGAAAUAGAAGAACUGGAGGAGCCGUUUGAUUGGACCUUUUAUAACGCGUAUUUUUUCGCACUCACAACACUUAGCACUAUCGGAUAUGGUAAUCUCCACCCAACUUCCACCAUCGGAAGAAUGCUGCUGAUAGUUUACUCGUUGAUUGGUAUACCUCUGAAUGGUAUAGUUUUAACUCAGCUGGCCAAACUUUUCUCUUCUACGUUCUUGAGAGUACAUCAGCGUUACAAAGGUAAAAGAUUCGAGACGAGGUUUAUGCUGUUAGUAGACAUUGCUACGUACUUGAUCCCUGGUAUCUUGCUAUUCGUAUUUUUACCUUCGGGAUUUUUCGUUUAUUUCGAAGGAUGGUCAUUCGAAGAGAGUGUUUACUUCGCAUAUGUUACCUUAACGACUAUUGGAUAUGGCGACUAUGUUGCUGGUCAGCGUACGAAAAACGUGGUUUGGUUUUUCUUCUACAAAAUAGGCAUAUUUGUUUGGAUCAUGUUCGGCUUAGGAUAUUUAGUCAUGAUAUUAGGUUUCAUAUCGAAGGCGAUGCAGUGCAAAAAAAUGGCUCGUCUGGAACGUAAACUCGUCGAAAAAGUAUGGAACGAGUUCACUCGCGAUUUCAGCUACUUAAGAAGAAUGCUCAACGAAGUAUACCUGUUGAAAUUCAAACCGGUAUACCAAGAUGAGCAACCUCAAAAUACACUAGAACAACGAAUCCGAUGUAGAAGUGCUCCAAACUUAUCCGAAUGGCCUGUGUUGGUCAAAACGGUGAAACCAGUUGAACCAUCGUCUUCCGAUGAUGAACAACAGACUUUGGCUCAGUUCCAAAAAGUUAGGCUAAGGAGACGCCGGGCACUGCACGAGAAUUUAUUCAAACAUAGUCAAUUAAGAGUCAGAUCCGAAAGCGAUCUGAGUAAAAUUGAUAAAGCUGCCACCUUUAAUAAUAUUUUCAACGUAGAACGAACCGAGCUACUUGCAAGGGUUGUCGAUGCUUUCGAAACUACUUACAGCAGAUCGACGUCGUCUUCUUCGUUGAAUCUUUCUGAUGAAGAGGAGGAUAAAGAAACGCCGCACAGAAAGAUUUCAAAAUUCGAAAAAGAAUUGCACGGCUUCAGUGGAUUUUCCAACGAAGAAAUAUUAUCUAGUGAAUCAUACGAGCCAACUAGUAACGAAUGGGACACGGUGAAACAUUCGACAGCUUACGAUCAAAAAGCUCCUCCUUACUCGGAACAGUGGACUUGGCCAAAUUCCGAAAGCACCGUUAAAAAGAUACCUGCUCCAUUUAUGAUCAGAAGCGAUCAAAGGUUGCAUUCGAUACCUCAAGAUACAUUAUCGAAAAGACCGAGUAUCCAGAUACCGGGUGUACAGAGUAUACGUAGGAUGUCCGUAGCUGCCUUAAAUUUCCUAUCAUCUUCCAGACUCGCUGGCAGAAUGGCAUCUUCUAAAGAAAUCGAAAAAGACGCCGAGCUUAAUAAAGAUGAAAAAAUUCGACGAACUGGCCGAACAGCUUGUCCUCGUAAAAACACCAAAAAGCGAUAUUCUCUGUGUAACAUGGAGUACGAUUCGAUGUGCCAAUACAUUAAUUAUUUCACUCAGACUAAAAUGAAAGAAAGUAAUAUCAUAAACAUACUGAAAAAUCAAAUCGGCAAUUUGGAAAAUUCUUCCAACAUUAGUCCUGUUCUCGAGCAAACCAGUAUAGGGGACUUUCUACGAGUCGUCAAUUCCCUUCAUAGCACGUCCAACUAUUGCACCACUGCCGCGGCCGAAACUCGUCCUCAGUCAUCGCCUUUAUGGACGCUGUUCCAAAACGAAGCCAAACCGUCAGAUACUAACGAUAAAUCUCCUACCGAACAAAAAAGCUCAGUUCCCGAACGAAGGCGAUACUCUUUAGCACCUCCUGGAAAUCCUGGUCGUUAUAACAUAUCCAGAAAUAAAUCAUUCUCUACGAAUAUACGUAAAAUAUCACCAUCGGGGUACCCGAAAACCAGAACGUAUUCGAAUCCGGCGCUGUCUAUUCCUCAAAUCAGACGUAUUAGGUCCGAAUCGUCGAGCACUGAUCACUCCGAACCUCCGGCUACGACUGUAAGAAGUCGUAAAAUUCGACGGUUUUCGGUUAAACCCGUUUCAUUAGGGUCAACGAUGCCUGAAAUUGUCGUAGAUGAAAAUUACGACAAACCUAAAUCAUCAUCGAGUGAUGUUCAAGUGCAAAUCGAAAGCUCACCGUUGGAGUCUUUACGUAUAGAUAAAUAGUUUGUUUUUUAAAAAACUUGACGCCUGUUCUGAACAAGUUCUAGGGUUUGUUCGUUGUUGCGUUUUUCUCCUGUAUAUAAUUUUUACCUAUUUACCUACCAGCAAUGCAAACAAUAAUUCCAAGUCCCUCAAAAUGAGUGAUUAGUCAACAUACCUAUUACAUGUACUGUACCUAUGCGCUUUAUUAGCAGCAUAUGCUCGUUGUAUAUUCGUAUUGUAAGUGUAAAAUAUUUACCUGUAACGAUGUAUUUUUUGUUUUGUUUUUUAUUUUGUUAUUUUUUUGAUGUAACUUAAGCUUACCUAUGUUAUUGAAAUAAUUACGCAUCUUGUAGACUGAUUAAUACAUAUUUUAUCCAAAUACAACCAGAAACUGUA